CCACUAAUACUCUUUCUCAUUCUACUGUGCCCUCUGAGGAUGUGGCUUCUGCUGUGGGCUCCUCCAUACUCCCUUUACCCUUUGACCCUCGCCAUCUCUAUGGGGAGGUUAUGCACAGUGUGUUAAUCCACCCAGCCGUUCCACUGUGUGGGUGCAUGCUCAUGUUUGCAUGCGUGUGUGUGGCAAAACAUGAAAUGGCACUGGCUUAACCUUGCUUGUGGGCUAGCCAUGAUGGUUAGGGACACAUCAGCCUCUGGUCUCUGAGAAACAUCUAAGUAUCUUUGUUCAUCUCAGUUCAACUGAAAGCCGUUUUUAAACCAUUUGCUUCAGAGAUUUCAAAGAUUCCAUGCCAUCAGGUUGAUCACCAAAUAUUUUAAGUACAUUAUCUUUGACAAUUUUAGAAAAGACAUAGACCAGACAUGAAAGAGAAAAAAGACAAUUGCCAUGCAGCUGCAUGUGAACAGUCUGCACUGAAUGGAGGAAGCGUGCUCCAUUACUGGGUUUAUUUUAAUGCUUACACCCCGCCCCCUCCCUUGCUUUCUUUAGCUCUCUCUCCUUUGCUCCCUCUCUCUCUUUUUCUCAUGCACACUGUUGCUCUGUCGCUCUUUUCCCCCUCCCCUCCAGACACUCCUACUUCAGCCACGGCUGACUGACUGUGGCAGUUCCAAACCUAGCCUAACUGUAGCUACAGUCGUUUUCAUCUCUCUCUCUCUCUCUCUCUCUCAUCACAUGAAGUGAACAUUACACUAUUUAGCACAGAUUAGCACAGACUCUGGAUUACUCUUCUUUGCCUUCUGCCAGCCACCUGUGAAGUGAAGUGAAACCCAAAUCAAUCUGUCCACCCUGUGGCUGGCAUCAUGGACAUGUUCUUCCGCCGGCACUUCCGCCGGAAGCUGGAUCCAUGCCGGUGUCGCCGGCCCAGUGUUGCCGUGCCCGCCAGCAAAGCCCGCCGGCGCUCAAGCGUGGGCUUGGCUAGCGCCGUUUUGACCCAGCGCCGUAGGUCGAGCGUGGGGCUCCCGGGACCCGUGGCUAUACUGGGCCAUCGCCGGCCCUCCACGCCUCAGGCCUCUGGCGGGAAGCCGCUGAGGAGGCCACACAUGGGCCGCAGGCGCUCCAGCACCACCACCACCACCUGCCUCAGCCCGCGCUUCUCUGUGCGUCGCCGCCGCGCCGCUAAGCUGCGCACCAUUGACACCCAUCUGCUCGGGCCCUCCAUGCUUCUGGCCAGCCUGGUGCAGAUGAGCGAAGAGAAGGAAGACAUUCAACCAGUGGAUGAGGCGGAGACGGAGGAGGGGUGUGAGGAUGAUGAUGAUGCCUCUUCCGCCUCAGGCUUUGAAUCUCAGAGUGAUAGCAGCAGUGAUUUUGAGGAAGGGGCAGAGACGUGCCUGGAUGAGCAAACCGCAAACACCUCCUGGAAGGACUGGGAAUUUCUGCAAGGCCUGGAGGCUACAUCGGCAGAGGGCAUCCAGCCACGGCCUUUAAUUCGUGCACCUCGGUGCCUGCGCCGCAACUCGUCUCACCUGUUACCAGCUGAUGCUGUGUACCACAGCAGGACAUCAUAUGGUCUUUAUGGACAGUACCGCCGGUCCAGUCAGGUCCAUCGGGCCCCCCUCAGCCCUAACUCACCUGGACCCUGUCAGGGAAGGACAAGACUGGCAUCUGGGCCCAGGAGCUCAAUGUCUGGCCGGAGGGGCUCCGCGUGCCUCUACAGGAACUGUUCAGCAUGCUGGAGGCUCUCUGGGCGCAGAGACUCCCUGGGCCACCUCCAGUGCCCAUACUAUGACCCCCGUGUGGAAACAUGGAGUGGGUUCCUCUCGAAGGCCAUUGCUAAAUCGGGUCUGCAGCACCUGUCAGCCCAGCCCUGUGCCUCUGCCUUGGCCAAGUGUGAGUUGGACCGAGAGAUCCGAUCCAGUGUGGACUGGAGUGAGACUGCUGUGUAUGGAGAGCACAUCUGGUUUGAGACCAAUGUCUCUGGGGACUUCUGUUAUGUUGGAGAGCAGCAUUGCCUUGCCAAGACACUGCAAAAAUCUGUCACGCGAAAAAAAUGUGCGGCCUGCAAGAUAGUGGUUCAUACCAUCUGCAUCGAGCAGCUGGAGAAGUUGUCGCAAACAGAGGGCCAGUGGCUGGAUAACCUGCCCCACAAAGACCAAGCUUUCCGAAUUAAUUUUAGAUGUAAACCAUCAUUCAGGGAAUCGGGAUCCAGAAAUAUUCGGGAGCCACCCUGGCGCCGUAGGGCCUUCAAAAGGCCCUGGGCUUUGCUAAGGCACAGUCGUGUGGCUAAACCAAAGGCAACUGCAUUUGUAGCCAAUCAGAAGCCUUCAGUAGUGCGACAUCACUGGGUCCACAGGCGCCGUCAGGAUGGGAAGUGUCGACAGUGUGGGAAGGGUUUCCAGCAGAAGUUUGCAUUUCAUAGCAAAGAGAUCGUGGCCAUCAGCUGUUCGUGGUGUAAGCAAGCAUACCACAAUAAGGUGACAUGCUUCAUGCUACAGCAGAUUGAGGAGGCCUGUUCUCUGGGUGCUCAUGCUUCAGUCAUUGUCCCACCCUCAUGGAUCAUUCGUGUACGCAAACCUCAGUCAUCACUUAAAGCUAGUAAAAAGAAGAAACGGACCUCAUUCAAACGCAAAUCCAGCAAGAAAGGAGCUGAGGAGGCUCGCUGGAAGCCUUUCAUUGUCAGGCCAAUUCCCUCUCAGCUAAUGAAGCCUGUGCUUGUAUUUGUCAACCCUAAGAGUGGGGGGAAUCAGGGAGCCAAGAUCAUCCAGUCUUUCAUGUGGUACCUCAAUCCCAGACAAGUAUUUGACCUCAGCCAAGGAGGGCCCAAAGAGGGCUUAGAAAUGUAUCGCAAAGUCCACAACCUGCGGAUUUUAGCAUGCGGAGGUGAUGGGACGGUGGGAUGGAUCCUUUCUACCUUGGAUCAGCUCAAUUUGAAUCCUCAGCCCCCUGUGGCUGUUCUUCCUUUGGGCACGGGAAAUGAUCUGGCCAGGACUCUUAACUGGGGAGGGGGCUAUACAGAUGAACCCGUGUCAAAGAUCCUCUCUCAUGUUGAAGAUGGAAAUGUUGUCCAGCUGGACCGCUGGAACCUCAUUGUGGAGUCCAACCCUGAGGCUUCAGGAGAGGAGAAAGACGACCAGCAGACAGAUAAACUUCCCUUGGAUGUAUUCAACAACUACUUCAGCCUUGGCUUUGACGCUCAUGUGACACUAGAGUUCCAUGAAUCUCGAGAGGCCAACCCUGAGAAAUUUAACAGCCGUUUCCGUAACAAGAUGUUCUAUGCUGGGACUGCGUUCUCAGACUUCCUCAUGGGUAGUUCCAAAGAUCUGGCCAAGCACAUUAAGGUUGUGUGUGAUGGCACGGAUCUCACCUCAAAGGUGCAGGAGUUGAAACUGCAAUGCCUCGUGUUCCUCAACAUCCCUAGGUACUGUGCUGGCACCAUGCCGUGGGGAAACCCGAGUGAGCACCAUGACUUCGAGCCACAGCGGCAUGACGACGGCUGUAUUGAAGUGAUCGGCUUCACCAUGACCUCACUGGCCACGCUGCAGGUGGGAGGCCACGGCGAGAGGCUGAACCAGUGCCGGGAAGUCACCCUGACGACCUACAAGUCCAUCCCCAUGCAGGUGGACGGGGAGCCUUGCAAGUUGGCCCCCUCCGUUAUUCACAUCUCCCUGAGGAACCAAGCCAACAUGGUACAGAAGACCAAAAGGAGGACCUCUAUCCCACUGAUUAAUGACCAACAGCCUUUUCCAGAGAGGUUGCGGAUCCGUGUGAAUCGCAUCAGCAUGCAUGACUAUGAGGCCCUGCAUUAUGACAAGGAGAAACUCAAAGAGGCUUCCAUCCCUCUGGGGCUCAUUGUUGUCCCAGGAGACAGUGACCUGGAAACAUGCCGGUCUCACAUUGAGAGGCUACAAGAGGACUUUAUCUCUUUUCAACCCUCAUUUCAGCGAUUGGUGCUCCAGGAGGGCGAUGGGAACAAAUCGAAGACUCUGUCCUCUCAGAGGCUUUCACCAAAGUGGUGCUUCCUGGAUUCUACUACUGCAGACCGCUUUUACAGGAUUGAUCGUGCACAGGAGCAUCUCAACUAUGUGACUGAGAUCUCCCAGGAUGAGCUCUUCAUUCUGGAUCCUGAGUUGGUUGUCACGGAGACUGUGAGUACAUCACCUGGAAUGCCUGACCUGGUGAACUCAGGAGAAUUCACAACCACCUUGGGAAAAUUUGCCUUCCCAUCGUCCUCCUCCUCUCCACCACCUUCUCCUGGCCCCAGAGUUCAAGAGCUUCAGCGGACGGCUCAGAGAAAACGUGUCUCCAGUGACAGCUCGGUGGCGGAGGCACUCGCUCAUGGCGACUCCAUGAGGGUCAACAAACCAGCGCUCAUCAGGGUGGGGGGUGUUCACCGAUCAAACACAACAGCAGCUGAUUUUAAACCAACUAGCAGGUCUGAGAGGAAUGCAUUGUGCAGUACAGACUCAGUCACAACUGAAGAGCUGAUUGAAUGUGUGAAGAGCAAGGACCACCAAAGGCUCAAAGACCUCCAUAAGAUGGGCGCAAACCUAACAGUGCAAGAUUCACAUGGCUGCACUCUACUUCACCAUGCAGUGGAUGUGGGGAGCAAAGAGAUAGUCCGCUACAUUAUUGACAAUGCACCCGCCGAUAUAUUGGAUGUAACAGAAAGAGAAAAUGGGGAGACCGUCUUGCACAAAGCUGCGUCAUUGUGUCACAGAACCAUCUGUCACUACCUGGUGGAGGCAGGCGCCUCCUUAAUGAAGACAGACUUGCAAGGUGAAACACCAAAGCACCGUGCAGAGAAGGCCAAGGAUGCAGAGCUGGCAGCCUAUCUGGAGAACCGUCAGCACUACCAGAUGAUCCAGCGAGAGGAUCAAGAGACUGCAGUGUGAUGGAGAACCUGGCCUUGACUCACUUACAAGCCUCCUUUACUUGUGCCAAACCAAUGCCAACCAAAUAUAUGGAAGCCCAUGGAAUUUUUAAGUGGGAAUGCAUUUCAACGCCUUCAUCUGUAAAAAGGCGAGAGCAGCCUGAGAGUGUGGCUAAUGGGUGUUCUUCUAACAUAAGCAAUGUACGUGCAAGAUUAGCAGAUCCUCUAUUUAUUUAUUGCACUGCCAAAAAGCAUAGUGUUUUGUUGUGUGUGCAUAUGUAUUUUGUAUCCGUGUGCCCAUGCACAUGUGUGCGUGAGGGUGUGUGCGUAUGUGUGUGAUGUUAGGGGAAAGAGUGCAUUUUUUAGACUUUAAAGUUUAUGUUGUGCUGCAAUAUUGAAUGUUAGAUGAGUUAAAAGAAAGCUUGGGGAUAACAUGGGUUUUGAGCUGGGUCAGCUGAAGAAAAUGGAAAAUGUAAGAGUAUUUGAAUUAAAAAUUGACUUUUUAGUUCCUGUGAUUCCUGAAACUCUCGAUCUCUAACAUGAAUGGGGGCGAUUGAAAUGUACUGAAGAGAUCAGUUGUGGAUUUCAGAAGAUAAAUGUUAGGGUUUUCAUUGCUAUUGACUCUCAGUAAGGCGUUGUGAUAACAUUGUUCGAGUCAGUGGUUUCAAAUGUUUAUUAGUUAAUUACUGCUGUUAUGCUUACAGUCGUGUCACUUUCACUUCUCUCUACUAUCCAGAUAUAAUUCCCCAUUAGAUAGGAGGGGAGAACACUGAAGUUCCCUUCCCUGUAGUUCCUCCAAUCAACUGGUCUAUGGAAUAUGUCAGUGUAAAGCUCUGAUUUUUUUUUUGCUACUUUGUUUCGCUUCAGAUGUUUUUGUUUUGAAUAACAACCUAGUAAAUGGUACUGUAAGCGUAUCUUAGUAGCGCUCUGUCAAAGCAGUUUUGCACUGUAGGUUCAAUUGCCUUGAAUAUAUUUUCUCUCUAUGGCUGAUUAUUGGAAUUUCUACUCGAUGUACUAAAGUAAUGGUUUAUUUCAUAUGACAUUUACGGUCAAUAGAUGUUUGUAUAUUUUUUAGCAAUGAAUUUCUGUGUUGUCAUGUUUGUAUCAUAAAAGCUGUAAAUUUGAUAUAUAUUUUUUUUUUCUCAAAGUACAGAGCUCUUUCAUCUCUGUUACACCUACUUUUGUGUACUCCUUUAAAGACUUCAUAGCAGAAUAUUAGCCUUUGCUGUAAAAUUAAACAUGAAAGGACAUUAUUAUUAUUAUUAUUAUUAUUAGUCUUUGUGGAUACUAUUUAUUUUCUACUACCAUUAAACUUGCAACAUCUGCUUUUAAACAAGA